AUGGAAGAGAGCAAGAUGAAUGUAAACACAGUGAUUCCGGUCUGUAAUACUCAGGGUGCUAUUUUAGCUGACAUUACAAAUGUCGUGGCUAACGACGCCAAAAACGCCAGAACUGAAAGGAGAUUACGAUUGCAACAAAAGCGUAAAUUUCCAUUCGCAGAUGACACUCCUACUGUUAAUCCUAUGGUGGGGCAAUCAGAUUCAACCGUUCAAGUUUUUGUCAAACCAAUAGGUAUAGAACCGAAACGUAUUGGUAUCAAUACGGGAAAACCAAGCCAAGUGGCAAUUGGAAAGGAUUCAACACCUGAGUCAACACCUUAUAGGAUAACGAAGAAGUUUCCUAACCAGUGUGAUAGAAGUCAGACUCCUGGCCAAAGCAAUGCUAAAAUUAACUUUGGCUCGCAACAAACACCAAAGAAAGUUGCUCCACGAUCUAGGUCUACUCCUAUGUCAACGGUAUCAGGCAUUACCUCUUCUACUACUCAUGGUCAUACUAAAAAGAAGAUGAUUCCAGGUGCGCCUGAUAUGCCCAUCUCGAUAGACUCGGAUUCUUCAGAUUGUGGUGAUGAUACGAGUGAUUCGAACUUCAAUGAAGGGGAGGUCAAUCAUUCAGGUAUUUACGUGCCAGUAGCAGAAAAUACUGAUGAGCCGAUAGAUUCCGAUUCCUCAGAAAGUGGUGAUGAUAUUUGGGAUUGUUCAAGCAAUGAAGGUGCUGUGUUUCAAUCUGACUCUGAAGAUGAUGUAGAUGAUCGAACUGAAUCAUUAAGACGUUAUCAAUACACUACACUGGUGUAUGAGUCCUUAACAAAGAUAUUUGGUGGUUUACAAAACCAAUGUCAAAAACAGCAACCCUUGACCGCAGUUAUUAAUAAAAAAGAGGAAGACUACAAGGAUGAUGGAGAUAUGACAUAUGAAUGUCCUAAAUGUGGAGCUUUAUUUUGGUACAAUGAGAGAGUUAGUAAGUCGAGGAAUCCUAAAAUUCCGGUUUUCACCAUGUGUUGUUUGAGAGGGAAAAUCAAGCUACCUACUCUUAAGGAACCACCAUCAUAUCUUAUGGAUCUUCUAACCAAGGAUGACAGUAUCAGUAAGCAUUUUCGUGAUAAUAUACGACCCAUAAAUAUGAUGUUUUCUUUUACAUCUCUGGGUGGUAAGAUUGAUAACUCUGUGAAUGAGGGUCAAGGUCCUAGAGUGUUUAAACUUCAUGGAGAGAAUUAUCAUAUGAUUGGCAGCGUGAAGCCUAAAGGAAUGGACCCUGCGAAGUUUUCCCAGCUUUAUAUUCAUGAUACUGAGAAUGAAGUCCAGAACCGUCUCUCUGCAUUAAGGAAUGUUAAAGACAGAUUUAAUGACGAAGACGCCUCAGAAGAGUUAUCAUUAGUCUUGAUUAACACUCGACUUAAAGAUGGUCGUGUUUACAAUCUACCAACUUCAUCUGAAGUUGCGGCUCUGGUAGUUGGAGAUUUUCAGGAAAACAUGGACAAGAGAGAUAUCAUUCUGGAAAAGAAUAAUGGUAAAUUAAAGAGGAUCAACGAGCUGCAUCCAUGCUACCUCCCAUUACAAUAUCCUCUGCUUUUUCCAUAUGGAGAAGAUGGAUUCCGGUUGGGCAUCAAAAAUGGUUUUACAGGCAUCAACCAAAAGAAGAAACCGAAUAUCAGUAUGAGGGAGUAUUUUUCCUAUCGAAUUCAAGUUCGUAACACUGGUUCUCAGGUCCUACUUCUCUCUAGACGUUUACUACAACAAUUCUUGGUGGAUGCUUACACAAUGAUUGAAGCUCAUCGUCUCCGGUACAUUCGCAAGAACCAGUCAAAUCUGAGGACUGUGAAGUUUAGUAAAUUCGUGGAUGCUGCGAAUAAUGGGAAUUCUACUGUUUCUAUUGAAGGCAACCGUAUUAUCAUCCCCUCAUCCUUCACUGGCGGACCAAGGUAUAUGCAUCAAAUGUACUUGGAUGCAAUGUCUAUAUGCAAAUACUUUGGAUAUCCGGAUCUAUUUAUUACAUUCACUUGUAAUCCAAAAUGGCCGGAGCUUUCAAGGUAUUUACAUAAAUUCAACUUAAGAGCCGAGGACAGACCUGAGCUAUGUUGUAGGCUAUUCAAAAUUAAGCUCGAUAAGUUGAUGGAGGAUCUAACCAAGAAACAUAUACUCGGUAAAACAGUUUCAGCCAUUUAUACGGUUGAGUUUCAAAAAAGAGGUCUUCCACAUGCUCAUAUUUUGUUGUUUAUGGACUCACAACAUAAAUUGCCUAAUGCUGAAGACAUUGAUCGUAUCAUAUCGGCGGAAAUUCCAGAUAGGUUUGAAGAACCCAAGUUGUAUGAAGUGGUGAAGGACAUGAUGAUUCAUGGCCCUUGUGGGGUUGUUAAUAGAGGUUCUCCAUGUAUGAAGGAUGGGAAAUGUUCUAAGUUUUUCCCUAGAAGGCAUGUUGAGAAAACUACAGUUGAUGCACAAGGUUAUCCUGUAUACCAAAGGCGAGACAAUGGUAACUUCAUUGAGAAGAAAGGGAUUCAAUGUGAUAACCGUUUUGUUGUCCCCUAUAAUAAAAAGCUACUGCUUGGAUAUAAUGCACACAUCAAUGUUGAAUGGUGCAACCAGUCACGUUCAAUUAAGUACUUAUUUAAGUAUAUAAACAAAGGCCAAGACCGUGUCACUGGUACUGUUACUGCAAAAAAGAACUUUGAGACUUCAGGAGCAGAAACAAAUCAAAUACCAGCUCCACCAAAUGGAGUGGACAUUACUGGGGCAAUUGCUGUAGAACCAGAAGUUGAUGAGAUUAAAAAAUAUUUCGAUGCAAGAUAUAUAUCGGCCUGUGAAUCAACUUGGAGAAUUUUUGGUUUCCCAACUCAAUAUAGAUCCACACCAGUGGAGAAGCUAACCUUUCAUCUAGAAGGAGAGCAACCUGUUAUUUACAAAGACGGUGACACAGUGGAGAGUGUGUUGGGUCGAGUGCACUUAUCUAAGACAAUGUUCCUUGCUUGGUUCGACUGUUGUGAAAUCUACCCUGAAGCAAGAGAGAUAACGUACCCAGAACUUCCUACUAGAUUCGUUUACGAUGCAAAGCUGAAAGUCUGGAAUCCUAGAAAAAGAGGUUUUGCUAUUGGUAGACUGGAAUCGGUUUCGCCUUUAUCCGGACAACGAUAUUAUUUACGAGUCUUGCUUAACAAGGUUAAGGGUCCGCGUUGCUAUGACGACAUUAAGACUGUCAAAGGGAUUGUUCAACCGAGUUUCGAGGAAGCCUGUUAUGAACUUGGUCUCCUAGAUGAUGAUAAGGAAUAUAUUGAAGGUCUUAAGGAAUGUGCAUUUUGGGCAUCUGGUGCAUUUGUUCGUAAUCUAUAUGCCAAUAUGUUGGUAUCUGGGAGUUUGUCUUUUCCUAAAUUGGUCUGGGAUUCUACAUUUGAUAUACUCUCGGAGGAUGUGCUUUAUCUUGAAAGGAAAAAGCGUCGAAACCCAGGUAUAUUUUUGCUUUAUGUUUUUGAGGUUUGA